CUACUACAAUGCAUUUGUUCAACGCUAUGGUUCCUGUCUCUGACUCUUCCACCUGGUGACAUAGCGUCGCUAAGGACAAGGACAAUACGCACUGAUCACAAUCUGACACACAAGCCCCUUUAUAAUCUAGGUACAAGCGCUCUCCUCAUCUUUUCUCCUCUCACCAUUGGCUUCCUAUUCAAGAUCCUUCUCCGCACUUUAUAACAGAUUCAGACUGGCAGCAUGACCGACGCGACACCGACUCGAUUGUGGGUUGAUGACAUUCCAACCUUCCAAGGGCUCUUCGCCAAGAGUGGCAACAGCCUCCUCCGUCCAUUCUCUCUCUUCUCUCUCUUCAGAAGUUCAGGUCCUUCGCGCCCUCCGGCCACACUUCUUCGUCCGCUCCAUCUUUACACUGCAAAGGAUGAGACGGGUCACCAGGCCCUCAUCAAACCAUUGCUCAACCUUCAGUCCUAUUCUCAACAGCUCAAAGAGUACUUGAACACGAAACAAGAUGGACCUCUUGACGCCGAGGACGUAGGAGCUGUCUCUUUCCUGCUCGAUACUCUGCCGAUCGCCAUACAAGCAACAUCAAUCGUUUGGACUUGGGAAGGAGAAUGGACGCAAGAUGUCGAAGAUAUGCGAGCCGUCACUCGACAAUGCCUCGAAGGAGUCUUUGUCCUUCGACGAGCCGUCAAUGAGCUGGAUUCUUCUUCCACGUCCCUGACAGAGAUCGAUCGGAAGCUACUCGGCUCCAUCUUUGAGCCGCUUCAACCUACUUCGCUCCAUCCAGACGAAUACCUUACCAUGAUGUUUACACGCGCAUCUCAGAUCCUCGAAGAGCUUGUCGAAGCGUUCCGUCCCAAGAAGCAUAUAUCCUCCAACAGGACAAGUCCUCUGCCGACAUCACGGGUCUCCGUUUCUCCCGAGGACGUUUUGGAAGUCUUGGCACUGUUGGAGAUCUUAGCUCAAGGUAUGGACACCGUCGAAAGCUUGAGCGGUCCACACUUCUCGAAGACCAAAGCUCAGAAGGAGAAGGACAAGCAGAGGCCCAUGCGGAUUUCGAUGCAGGCUAGAUUGCUCAGGUGCGAUCUGGCUUUCAGCAUGGCCAACGGAACCAUGAAGGAUAUCCAGCGUAGGGCGGUCAAAAGACUCGAUGUGACACCGGGCAACGAUGAAACCGAAGAGAAAUCAAUCCACAAUGUCGAGGAGGAGGAGGAGCAUCAAGCCAUUCAUUGGGAGGAGAUAGCAGAAUGUUCCCUCCUCGAGUGUCUCGUAAAGUGCAAGCACCUUCUGGAACAUCAUCGCGGAGCUGUCCUGUCCGAUCGGGUGAACAAGGCAGACUACCUAGGACAGGACCCACGACGUAUCCCUCUGCCACCUUCUCCUAGGUCGCCUAAUGCCAACACUGUCGUGCCACUCCCGGCCGCUCAAGUCGAAGAUGCGUCCGACUCAGAUGACUCAGAAGUUGAAUCCGAUGACGCCCUUGAUACCUACCCUUGCCCUCUUAGAGCCCUGUUCGGCCUACAUGACCGAUACGAGGAGCAGCGGCUUGCAGUCUGGCUGACACUGCCUGGAGACAGGAGAACUGGGAUGGGGACUUACAUGCGAGGCGAAGAGGGCCAAAUUGGGGAAGCAUGGGAUGCCGCGGGAGUCAUCAUGCUUCUCGAUUACGACAACAAUCAACUCGUCUCACAAUUUGGACUGAGUGACGACAAGCUCGACAAGUGGAUAGAUCUAGCUUCCAGGAAGAACGCCAAGAAGAUCAGGAGGAAGGCGAGGAGGACGGUAUAGCCUGCUCCGAAGGGUCUCAAAUCACCGCAUUAUGACCAUGUCACCACGUCGGUAUAACCUGUUUAUUUCACUUGUAUUCGCAGCGGAUACCAUAACGACACGAAAUAACGACCUACGACCAUGCAAAUCAAUGUAUGACGGCAAGAUGCAUGCGUUCAGACUGUUCAGGGCUCACUGGUCGCCCGCCUU